AAAAUGUCAAUGAUAAUGUGAGAUGAAAGCUUGAAGCUUUUGCGAUAAAUGUUUCCGUAUCCAGCUAGUUACAAUUUUUGAAUAAUGUAUAAAUUUAAUUCAUCUUGAUGAAUGUGAAUUAUUUUUAAAUUGAAAAUGUUGCACAACAAAGUGCAUAUACACUAGAGUUUUUAAAGAGACGCCUACUUCCUGAACUGAAAUCUAAAAGUGCCUAUGUCAGCUAGCUUUAUUGUAACUAUUUAAUUUUGCUGAAGUUGAAGUGUUCGUGGACGUACAAAAAAAAAAUCAUAUAAUAAUAAUCUCCGUGGUCUUAUUAAAUUGUGAUUGACUGCUGUACUUUCUAUUGAAGAUUUCUAUUGAGACCAAACAAAAGUGGCGAUUAAGAUGAGAUCGUUACGAGUAUUUUGCUUGACUCUACUCCUAGAGGUGUGUAUGUGGACGCGCGCUGAACUCUUCACAGCCAUAUCGGAUGUAGAACCGCUUCUAGAAACGCACAAAAGAAUUAUAGAUGACUUAGACUUCUACAUCCAGAAAGAACAGAAAAGACUUAUGAUUUUAAAACAACACUUAGAUCUCUACAAGGAAGAACAUGAAAGAGCUAUGGAAGAUAUUCCCAACUAUUUGGGAAAUCCAAUUAAUGCUUUCACUCUCAUAAAAAGACUGACAACGGAUCUGGACUUAAUUGAAGAUAGCAUUAAAAUUGGGACCGAAUACAUCAAGAACAUAACAAUAAACCACGAGGAUGUGAAAUAUCCCACGCUAGAAGAUCUCACUGGUGCUGCGCAGGCGCUCACUAGAUUACAAGUCACUUACAAUCUGAAUGUACGAGAUCUUUCUGAAGGAAUGUUGAACGGAGUUUCUUAUAGCGACCGUACGUCAAUGACAGCGAGCGACUGCUACGAGUUAGGCCGAGCACUGUACAACGAGAAAGAUUAUGAAAACUCCCUGAGUUGGAUGAAGGAAGCUCUGCGCAAAUAUAAGAAUGAAAACAAGCGGUAUCAAUUUACUGAAGCCGACAUAUUGGAGUACAUUGGAUUCUCGUACUACUUGAAAGGCGAUGCGAAGACAGCAAUAGAGUGGACUAAGAAGCUGUUGGCCAUCGAUCCGAAACAUCCUCGCGCUAAAGGCAACAUCCCACAUUACCAGAAGGCUCUCGCCGACCAAGCGGCGGAUCUUAAGAAGAAACAACGCGGCGACACAGGCGAGGAAACACAAGACGAGGAACGGAAAAAGAAAUUAUCAGCUUAUGAGAAAGAGAGACGUACUUAUGAAGCGCUUUGUCGAGGUGAAAUGGUUAUACCGCAGGAAAUAGCUAAAAGGUUGAAGUGCUGGUACCUCACGGAGAACCAUCCGUUUUUAAAACUGGCGCCGAUAAAGGUCGAACAGUCAUACAUUACUCCUGAUGUGUUUAUAUUCCACGAAGUACUGAGCGACAGUGAAAUAGAGCACAUCAAGGCAAUGGCUAAGCCUAGGUUCAAGCGCGCCGUAGUGCACGACCCCAGGACCGGCGAGCUGGUGCCGGCGCACUACCGCAUCGGCAAGUCGGCGUGGCUGCGCGACGACGAGGCCGACGUCAUCGCGCGCGUGUCGCGCCGCGUCUCCGACAUGACCGGCCUCAGCAUGGACUUCGCCGAGGAGCUGCAGGUCGUCAACUACGGCAUCGGCGGCCACUACGAGCCGCACUACGACUUCGCACGGAAGAAGGAACAUGCAUUCGACAAAGUCAGUGGAAACAGAAUAGCCACCGUAUUGUUUUACAUGUCGGAGGUGGCGCAGGGCGGCGCCACGGUGUUCACGGAGCUGGGCCUGAGCCUGUUCCCGGUGAAGCGCGCCGCCGCCUUCUGGCUGAACCUGCACCCGUCGGGCGAGGGCGACCUCGCCACGCGCCACGCCGCCUGCCCCGUGCUGCGCGGCUCCAAGUGGGUUUCCAACAAAUGGAUUCAUCAAGGAGGCCAGGAACUCCUGAAGCCGUGCAAUCUGGAAUAUCAGGAGGAAGGCAUCGUCCGCAAAAUCCCGCGGCCCAUCCCGAAGUCGUCCAGGUAGAGCCACGAGUCGCUUUUUAUGUUUUUAUUAAUGAAACAGAACUGAUACAGUCAAAACUUAGGUAUAUGUGUAAGGCAAUUGUCAUAUUCUAUUAGGCUUAUACCAAAUUAUGGCGGAUUAUAAAAAUAAAUUUGAGGGAGGUUUGAAGUCUUAUAAACCCCUUGAUUCGCUCGUACACCAAAAUGUAUGAUGAUUGUAAAAUGUGCUGUUGAUCUGUAAAUUAAUAUUAUAUUAAUGAUGCAUUUAAAUUCAUAUGUAAGUGUAGAAAUAUUCGUAUUGUAAGUGAUCGUAAGUUGAUCCAGUGAUUGUAUACCAAGCGCACAUAUUAACCACAAAGGUGGGACAUAUCAGUACAAAUGUCUAGCAGAAUACAUUAUCAAUUCUCUAAGUUAUUGUCUAUUAUUAUUGUCUAUCGUACGUAGUUCUUAUGGGAUAUGCCUCUAGCCUUGACAUUUUUAGUGAUAUUUUAAAAUUCUCUUGCCACGAGGUAUAACUUGCACGAUUUUUCGCGGUUCCAUUGCGCAAGUAAGCCGCAAGACGGAACUUAUAUGCAGCUUUAGUACUAGAAACAUAAGCAAGCUGCAAGUUGAAUGCGGGUAGUUUGAACAACACGCAAGUAUGUUAUACCUGCAAGCUCUUGCACAAUGGUACCGCGGCUUCUAAUUAUUAUAACGUAAUGGCUUAAUUUAAUAUAUAGUAACUAAUUGAGGCUUCACUGUUACCACUGUUAGUCGGUUUAUAAUAUUAUUUUUGGAUUCUAGUGUCCGAUAUUGCUUUAGCGCCUUAUUAAUUAUUGAUACGAUUUAUUGCGUAAUUUGUCAAACUUAUAUUAUUAGCCGUUUCCAAAUAUACAAUAAAUGUGUGAAGUUAGUGAAAACUUAGCCUUACACAUAUAGGGACUAAUUAAUUAUAAUUAAGUAGAUGUAUUACUAUGUAUAGUAAAAUUAUUAUGUGCAUACAGGUGAAGUUUUUACUACUUACAUACAAGUAAUGAAUACUGUAGGUAAUUUUGUAACAUGAUUUCGGGUAAUUAAAUUUGAAGGCAUUUUGUUUCUUUAUAUUUGCAUUUAGAAAUGAGUUCAUGGUCAUAUAUGGUUUUUAAACAAUGAUACAAAUACCCAAUUUAUAUUGUAAAUUAAAUAUUCAAUGUACAAAUAUUUCAUUUUUAUCUAAGUAUACGUAAAUAGAUGACAUUUUGUAUA